AUGUGGUCCGUGCUCUGGGCCGCCGUGCGCUCCAAGGCCCCGUACGUCACCUUCCCGGUGGCCUUCGUGGUGGGGCUGGUGGGCUACCACCUGGAGUGGUUCCUCCGCGGCGACCCCCCGCCCACGGCCGAGGAGGAGAAGAGCAUCUCGGAGCAGCGGGAGGAUCGCAAGCUGCAGGAGAUCGCGGGCAAGGACCUGACCAAGGUGGUGAGCCUGAAGGACAAGCUGGAGUUCGCCCCUCGGGCCGUGCUGAACAGGAAUCGUCCGGAAAAGAGUUAA